AGGAGGCCGGAAAAGCUGCAUCAUGAGUGAAUGACGAAAAAACCCUGUUUGAUGUUUGUCCGUGAUUUUCUGUUGAUUCAGGUGAAAGUGCAACGUGAUCAAAGGUGAGUGGCUGAUAAGAGCUGCUCUCUGAUUGGACGGAGCAGAGGAAGAGGAACACCGGAAGAGAAGAGGAGCGGUCGUGAUUCUGAUCCAAACCAGUUGGUGGCGGUAAUGCUUCAAUUCCUAGUUUUCCAAACACCAAUAGACACCGAAGAAGAAGAAGAGGAAGAGGACUUCCGUUAGCUUGACACCGGUCUGAUGCUGUGACGGGCGCCGAGCAGCGGUGUGGAAGCUUCGGGCAGACUUGGCCCCCGACUGUCGGUAAACGUUUUAAAAUGACAGACGGGAGGAUUUAACGGAGACUAACGGACCCUCCGGGCUGAGGAAAGUCUCCACCAUGCUCUCUCGACCUCUAACACAGACUGAGAGCGACAAUAGAGGGCGGGGCCUGUCCGCUGUGACCCCGCCUCCUGUCCUCACAUUGGUGGAACAAACAGCUCACCGGUUGGAGAUGCGGCGUCUCUUACGAGGAGCUCUCGCCUCUCUGGGUCGUCGUCUGGACUCUCUGGAGAGGAGGAGCAGCAGGAGGAAGAGGCAGAAGAAGAGUAUGACGGGAGGAGGAGGAGGAGCCUGGUGUCAUGUUCCAUCUGCCUCUUCCGCCGCCUCCUUCUCUUGCUCCUACUCCUGUAUCUCUGCCGUCCUUCCUCCUGUUUCCUCCUCUUUAUCAUCGUCAGUGACGUCAGAGAGUGAGGAGUCAUCCACGUCUCCUGCUCUGUCCGGUUUUGACCAAUCAGAGCAGAGGAGGGGGGAGAGCAGGGGCCAUGAGGAUGAGGUGAGGAGGAGAAAGCGGAGGAACAAAGAUGAUGUAGAAGAAGAAGAGGAUGCUGGGAGGUUUGUUGGACAGAUGGCGGUCUCCUUCAGAGGAGGAGGAGCAGAGAAAGAGGAAGGGCCAAUCACCCUGCACAACUUCAACCACAAGAAACACAGAGGCGGAGGAACUGGCCAAUCAGAGAAGACCGUCAGUGUCGUCAGUCUAAAUGGUUACAGACCACAGCUGCUACACAGCGUCCUCAGCUCAUCAUCCCAGGAUGACGUCCACCUUCUCCAAUCAGCUCAGAGUCUUCAGACAUGCAGCCAAUCAGAAGCCCUCACUCUCUCACCCAGCCAAUGGUGGUUCUCUGACUUGACCCCUCGCCUCACUUCCAAUCUCAGUGCCUUUGGCCUGUGGCUCCACUCUUCCUCCUCUUCAUUUAACCCCGCCUCCAUGUUACGGUUUUCAGUGGUGACUGUAGAGACGAUAAUGGACUCGGUGAGGGGCGGGACAUGUGGGAAUCCCCCCCGGCCCCUGAAGGACUGGUCGGCUCCGCCCAGUGUGAGCAGCGAUCACUGUUAUGUGCGAACACCAUCACCAAGUCUGACAUUUUCCACCCGGCGACAGCACAAGCAGCGAACCAAUCGAAGCACCCGGAGCCUCCACCUUCCCUGGCGGCGGCCCCUGCCUCUCCCCCCUUGCUCAGCCAAUGGACUGUCUGCUCCUUUUACUGGCAGCCAAUCAGCAGCAAGCUCUGAGUUCCUCAGCUCAAAGGGAGAGCGCGGUAAACGUGUCUCACAGAUUCGAAUCCGCCGGACGUCGCCACGGGAAACACUGCUCACACCGAUGGGACUGCCAAAAGUAAAAAGGUUAAAGAAAAAGGAGUUCAGUCUGGAAGAGAUUUACACCAACAAGAACUACAAAUCCCCCACCACCAACAGGAGUCUGGAGACGAUUUUUGAAGAGCCACGAGAGAAGGAUGGAGCGCUGCUCCUGAUUGGCCAGCAGAGGAGACGCAGGCUGCUUCUCUUCCCUGACUUCACUCAGCCCAGGAAGAGGAAGCGACCCCAAGGGGCGUGGUUUCCAGGUGGCACGUUUCCCAGGAAGCGUGCAGCUGCUCGGCGACAUUGCCAUGGUGAUGGCUGCGGUGACGAUGACAUGGACCUUGAUGUGAUGCUGGUGGAGCGACUGAGCGCGCUCGAAGACUUUCUGACAAAACAGGGCCUGGACGUGUGAACUGUGACAUCACUUCCGGUCUGCUGACUUUGGCCAAACAAACAGCUGCUAGCAUACCUGCUAACUGCCGUGUUACCCUGGUGAUGACAUCAGGAAGGCGGUCUCAUGUUACAGGGUUUUUUCUUUGCUGUGUACUUGAUGUUUGAUUUUUUUUUUACAGUGUAGACUGUUUUAAUGUGAAUAUUUAAUAUUUUUUAUUGUGGUUGACGUUAAGAUACCUGUUCAGAGGCCACACCCCCUGCAGGUAACAGUUCCACCUCAUAACAAAAACAAAACAGACGCUGUCGCACGGUAAAUAUUUUUAAAGUGUAAUAUAUAUUUCUGCUGAAAGUGUUUCUAUUUUUGGAACAAAUAAAGUUUUUUCUGAUCACUUAAUUUUUUAUCAUGUUUUUCUUUUCUUCAAAGUGUCAGAGAUGGAAAUGAAUGUAAAUUAAUAAAAUGAUUAACUCAG